AGACAAUAAAAAAAAAUGAAAUUUUUCAUCAUUUUGGUUUGCGUUUGUAAUUUUGUAAACAAAUAAUUAAUUUUAAUCUUUCUUCAGAAAAGAUGGAAAAAUAAACAGGCAAGACGGUACAGAUGUAUUCUAGCCUACAGUUUAAACUAUUUUUACUGAUAUUCGUGUGCAUUUGUUGGUUACACGUCGUCUAUCUGAGUUAUUCAUUUGCUAAAAUAUCCCACAAAUAUGCCGCUGACGGCUGAUGUUGCUGCCCAGCAAGUACAGGAGAGGCUAAGAUCUCUACACCGUCUCAUUUAUGACAUUGAGGCUGAGAGGAACCGCAAUGAACAGUGCAUUGACUCCAUACUCCGUGCUGAGAAAGCCGCUGACUCACCGAGUGCCUCUGAGGACUCCUCAGGAUCUUCACAACAGCAAAUGCAGCUAAAAACUCUGUACAAAGCGGGCUUGUCUGCUGCAGAGCAGGAAGAGAGAGUGCUCCGGGCAGCGCUGUCUCGCAUCUACGAGAUCAGAGCCAUCAAGAAUGAGAGACGGAUUCAGGCCCGGCACGCCGGCAACAAAGAGACCAUCGGCUGCGGCGCGCUCAUGAAGAUGCUGCUCAGCUCGGCCCAGUACCUGCCCCUGCACGUGAGCGGAGUGGGGCAGCGCGCGCCCCCGCUGUGCGGCGCGGUGCCGGCCGAGGCGGGCCACGUGGCGCGCGCGGGGGACGCCGUGGCCGCCCGGGUCAGGUCUGCUGACAAUGAGGACAACUGGAUACUGGCUGAGGUAGUGAGCUGGCUGCCGGCGCAAGGCAAGUACGAAGUGGACGACAUAGACGAGGAGCAGAAGAACCGGCACGUGCUGUCCAAACGUCGCGUCGUCCCUCUCCCGCUCAUGCGCGCGGACCCCAGGACGGAUGAAUACGCGCUGUUUCCGAAAGGCGCGGUCGUCAUGGCCCUGUAUCCUCAGACCACGUGCUUCUAUAGAGCAGUCGUGAAUAGACUGCCGAGCAGUGCCGCUGAUCCGUAUGAGGUGCUGUUUGAGGACUCGUCCUACGCAGACGGGUACUCCCCAGCAGAACGAGUGGCGCAGCGCUACGUGAUCGCCAUCAAGGAGGGCAAGGGCCGCGCCCCCUGACCCGCGCCGCCCGUCUCGCCGUCACUAGACGACGCCACCGUAUAAACGUAACUUCACCUACAGCCUGGCAAGAUAUUGUAGUACUGUAUUGCAACGGAGCCAUUGAUGUGUAUAUUACAAGCGUAAGGACAAGCCCAACAGCUCUAUAAAAUUUGCACCCUCGCGCUGGCCCCAAAAUCUCAUAUAUCUGUCAUAUACAAAAUUUUCAGACGGGCGCAUCCUUUUGAAAUCAUUGAGCAGAACAAUUAUUUUUUGGCAGCCGUACUCACGCC